AUGAAGGUGAUUCUGCUGCUUGUGCUGGCUCUGAACCUGCUGGCUAUCACCUUGGCUGCACCUGCGACACCUGAGACACACGUGCUUGAUAAUGGUGCCCUGUGUGUUUUGAGCAUACACUGUAAGAGCUCCUGCUGUCACCGUGCCUCUGGCAUCAGUCUGGCCCGCUGUGCUCCCAAGGCUGCGGAGACGGAGAAAUGCUCGGCCAAGAAUAUCUACGGCUCCUACUACCACUGCCCAUGUGAGCACGGACUGAAGUGCGACGUCGACUGGACCAUCGGCGGUGCCAUCACCAAUACCAACUUUGGAGUUUGCAAAGACCCUAACACCCCCAAGCCCCCGCCACCCCUCUAA